AUGCUCUUUUCAAUUGCCACAAUCGCCGCGCUCACCACUGCUGCCUUUGCUAAGUGCAACGACUAUUUGCUCAUCUCUACCAGGGGAACUGGUGAACGUCAAGGUCCUUCAGCAGGCUUCCGCACCAUGAUUAGCGAAACUCUUAAUCAAGUACCCAACGGAGAAGAGUAUGAUACGAAGUAUCCAGCUGGUUUCGAUCAGAAUACUUCACUUGGAGUUAUCGACAUAAUUAACAAAAUCUCCGAUGGAUUACAAUCUUGCCCAGAUCAACGAUACGCGCUUCUUGGCUACAGUCAGGGCGCUACUACUACACUGGACGCUCUCAACAGUAGCAAUCUCUCGGAAGAUGCAAAGAACAUGAUAGAAGCUGUCAUUCUUAUCGGUAAUCCAUACAGAAUGCCAAAUCAGCAGUCAAAUGUCGAAGGACUUGGUGCCGACAACGCCUUUGGUGUUGCUAGUGCCUUAUCUAAGCCAAUUCCAGACUCGUUUGACGAGAGCGGAAAAGCUCUUGACUUUUGCUAUAGUGACGACUGCAUCUGCAAUGUUGCCUGCACGGGCUUCAGGUCUGGCCAUUUAAAGUAUGGAUUCGAUAUGGAAGUACAAAAUCAAGCAGCUCAACAUCUUAUAGAGCACUUGAGCUAA